AGCGCAAAAUCCCACACUGAUUAUUUAAAAAAAAAGAUUGUAAGAGGAGGACGGCUAUUCUUUUCGAAGCAGUCGGCAGCUCCUGCCGCAUGGUUUGGUGAGGCAAGAAAUAUAGUGUGGCGUGGAAGAUCAUACGCUGCUUCUCUUUCUUCUGACUCUCCAAAGCGCAAAAAAGUCGCCAAGGAUGAACGUCGAGCUUUGAUCGAAUCUUUUGUCACCAGGUAUCGAUCAGAGAAUGCUGGAAAAUUCCCAAAUGCAACUGCAGCGAAAAAAGAAGUUGGUGGCUCUUAUUAUGUUGUUAGGAAGGUUCUUCAAGAGUUGCAAUAUAAAUCGGAAAUUUGUUCUGCAAACAGCAGUUAUGAAAAUUUAUCAGCAAAAGUUGUCAAUAAAGAGGAUAAAUCAUAUUCUGCAGUUGAAGUGGUCUCAACUGCAGCAGGAGUCCGAGGUGACACUUUCACAGAAACUAUGGAUUACAAGCAGCUGGAGGCCGACAAAGUUUAUACCUCAGCUGAGAAGACAUUUUCUGAAGGGGUUCUAAAGCCCCAAACUCCAGAUAGUAAUUGCGGUUUUGUUUUAGAAGAAAAUAGUGUGCUGAAAGGUGAUGUUAAGCUUCUUGAGAAACAAGAGUAUGAUAAAGUAGAGGAUGCUGGGAUAGAUAGUUCUGAUAAAUUUCCAGCGUUUCUGGACAAACAAAAAAUUGUGGAAGCUUCUGAUCAACAUAUUGAAUCAGAAGAGUGUAAAACUGAGUCUCAGGGUGUUCAGCCAGGUUUUGGUGUAAUAGAAGGUGAUCUACUAAAAGAAGAAACUGAGGUUGGAAAUGAAGAGGGUGAGGAAAAGGAACAAACUGUAUCUAAAGAGUUACUAAACUCUGGCACUCCAGAGCUUAAAACUGAGCAUCAUGAACAAUUCUGGGAAGAGGAAAAAUUUGCAAGGAACCUCCUUAGAGAGCAGAACGAUGAAACAGAAAGUUCAAAAAAGUCAAGUCUCUGGGCAAACCUUAAGUCAUUUGCUGAUGGUAUUAUCAAUAGAUGGAGAAAUCUGUGAAUCUUUGUUGGCAUCACUGGGAGAAAGCUGUAAGUUUUUGUCAGGUGUCAUUGAAACUGUGUGAUGUAAAUGUUUUUGGCAAGAUAAUGGAAAUAUAUAAAGAUCAACAAUGGAUGUUUUGCUCCUUUUUUGUUUUCCUUUUCUUUGCUGUUGUCUCUUAAUCUUAAUUAUAUGCCUUUUGCCUUUCAAUCAGUAAUCCUACUGUUUGAAAAAAAAAUGAAACUAUGAAGUGUUGUUUAGUAACUGCAGUGGGCUUUGGCAAAAUUGUGUCUUUAAUCGGUGGCUCGGAAAUGUGAGAUUCCUAUACCAUCGGAAUUGUCAUGUGAAGGAGAGUAAAUACAGGCAUGGGCAUUUUGUUGAAAGUGCAAGUUUUUCCUCAUUGAUUGUAUCACUAACUUUGUAGUGAUUGCUGCUUUUUAAUAGCAUAUAAGUGCACGGUUCGCAUCCAA